AUGGGCGACUCAAUCUACUUCUACAACCCAUCCCUCGCCGCCUCAAUCCUCUUCACAAUCCUCUACACCCUCCCCUUACUCUACCACACCUACCUCUCCCUCAUCGCCCCCUACACAGGCCGCCACCCGCAAACAAGUUACUUCAUCCCCAUCGCCAUCGGCGCCGCAACAGAAGUAGCCGCCUACGCCAUCCGAGCCGCCAGCGUAAAACAACCAGACAACAUCGGCCUUUACGCCACCUCCGCGACCCUCAUCGUGAUCGCCCCUGUCCUCGUCUGCGCCAGCCUCUACAUCCUCAUCGGGCGCUUGAUCCGGUCCGGCGGUCGUGCUGCCCCCAGCCCAGACACCGAGACGAAGGACCCGGUACUGCUGUUCGGGAGGUUCUCGCCGUCUUGGAUCCCCCGGGUCUUUGUCACGUCGGAUGUUAUCAGUUUUCUGACUCAGGCGGCGGGCAGCGGGAUUGCUUCGUCGAAUGAUUGGGCGGGGAAGGAAAAGGACGUUGGUGUUGGUGUUCUUAUUGCCGGGCUGGUGUUGCAGCUGGUUACAUUUGCGUUUUUUCUGGUUGUCGUGGUUUGGUUCGAUAAGUGGUCUCCUAGGGCUAGGGGAUGCGGGGAGGUUGAGUCUGGGGUGAGGUCGGUUUUGAAUGGGAUUUAUGAGGCUGGGUUUUUUAUUACGAUUCGACUGAUCUAUCGCGUUAUUGAGUUCUCGAUGGGUAUGGAUACAUAUACCUGGACGCAUGAGUGGCCGUUGUAUGUCCUCGAGGCCGUGCCGAUGUUGAUGGCCAUGAUGAUUCUGGGGUGGUAUCAUCCCGCUAGGUGGCUUCCUGCUGGACUUGGGGCGAGGUCGAAGUAG